AUGAGUGUCACAUGCGUACUGAUUCGCCUGCCACAAAACACCAGCCUUAAGAUCUACUCCUCUGUGGAAUUUGUGACGGACAGUGCCCACCUUGCUCGGGCUGAUAUGGUAAUCGAGGCUGUGUUUGAGGACCUGGCCCUGAAACAUCGUGUUCUCCGAGAGGUGGAGGACGUCAUCUCGCCAGAGACUAUCCUUGCCAGUAAUACUUCUUCCCUGCCCAUUUCGAGGAUCGCGGAGGUCAGCAAGCGUCCGGAAAAGGUGAUCGGAAUGCAUUACUUUUCUCCCGUGGAUAAAAUGGAGCUCCUGGAGAUCAUCCUGACGGAGAAAACAUCAAAGGACACUAUGCAUUCGGCCGGUGACGUGGGUCUACGCCAAGGCAAGGUGCUCAUCUUCGUGAAGGAUGGUCCCGGUUUCUACACCACCCGCAUCCUCGCUCCAAUGCUCUCCGAGGCCAUCCGGCUGAUGCAGGAGGGCGUC